UCUCCUUGGUACCCGCCAUCGUUAUGCACGAGCGCUUUUUACUUAAAUGAUGCUCCUUCAUAUGGGACUCAAAGCCGGUACAGGCCACAUUUCUCUCCGGUUCUGUACAACGAAAGAAGAAUGAGCGUCGCAGUGAAAUAUCUUGCCGCUCGCGCAGCGUCUUUUCACCUGUCGGGCAUCAACCGACAGUCUGACAACGUCUCCUCGGCCGAGGACGCCAGCAGACCCGAGGACGUGUUCCCGGUCGACUCGAUGGUCUGUGGAGCCGUGCUCUCCCUCCUGGCUCUCUUCAUGGUGGCCGUGAACGGACGAGUCAUUCUGGCCUUUAUUCUGGACAAGAAACUGUGGUAUCCUAGUAACCUACUUGUACUAAACCUCUCCGUGUCGGACUUUUUGUUCGGUUUGAUCUCUCUCCCGUUACUGACUGUGAACCAGGUGACGGGCCGGUGGGUCUUAGGCCAGACCGCCUGCUCUCUGUGGCAGUUCGUCACCUUGUGGAUGAGAUGUGAAUCUGCCUUGACCGUGGCGCUGAUCAGCUUCGACCGAUACCUCAUGGUGAAACGGGCGGCGGAGUACCGCAGGAAGACCCGCCGGACAGAGACGUUAGUCCUGGUAGUGGGCAGCUGGGUGCUGUCCUUGGUGCUGACGGGACCUGCCGUACUCGUGUGGGACGUCCUCAUGGAAAACGGUGUUGUCUGGGAGGAGAGAUGUCUGACAGACUUUGUGUUGGAGGCGCCGGCCUACAACAUGUUUCUGCACACCCUGAUGUUGGUGGGACCCAGCGCGAUCAUGACGUUCUGCUACCUACAAGUCGUGCGCGACCUCAAGAAGCGUGCCAAGCGCCGCGCUAAGAACAAGUCGCCGCUGCCGCACAGAGCCGGCCGGUUUGAAGACAAGGAAAAGGCAAAGGAGUCACCUGGGGACAACAGUAGUGAAAAGUCUAAGUCACCUCCAUCAACAGUGCGGUCUUGUCGCCAGGCAAAGAUGGACGUAUUGGUGACAAUCGCGGAGACAAAAGAUAAAUGUCAGGGAGCCUACCCGGCCUUUGUCACGGCAAAGGCAAUGGUCAGUAAGCACGGCGAUUUGGAGUUCACAAAACCACAAGAGCCACAUGCGGCUACCGUAGACACUGAGAAGAUAUUUGCGGCUUCCUGGUUCCGAAAAAGAACUUUAACUAACGAGGACAAAGUAUCUCGGACCGUAGGACUUCUGGUACUUGUGUAUAUCAUUACUUGUGCACCCCUAAACAUAGCGACUGUUGUAAAGGGAAUUUUCCCCGAUGUCGUCAGCUCUUUAUUGUACAAAAUCCUUUUUGUUGUCAUGGCGAUCAGCGGGGCAGCCAAUCCAGUGGCCUAUUCUUAUCGUAUUCCACCAAUCAGAGAACAUCUUUUGAGUGUUCCUUGUAGAAGAGUUCCAGCAAAAAAUAGUGGUAAAACCUUCGUCUAAGAGUGAUGUGGUCUUGUCAAAAACAACAACAACAAACAAGCAAACAAAACUGGCUCUGUGGUGUAAGUAUUGUUUUAAAUUUUGUAAUGAUUAC